CGGGAAAACAAUCAACAGCUCGUUUUAGCAGCUAACAGACCUAUUCUGUAAAGUCACGGACGCGAAUCAACAUAAAAGUUGCUCACGAAGUCCACGUUGACUAUUUUUCAACAAAAGCAGAUACUUUUUUUCUUCAACACAAUUUGUAGGCUCAAGCUAGUUAUCAUUCACAGCACUUAGCCGACUGAGAUUCUUGGGAAGAAACGCAGAUGGCAACGGAAAAAAGCGCCAAGAAGAGGAAAGAGGAUACUCCGGAGUGGCUUGGAUUAUUUCCGAACGACCUAAAGAACAAAGCAGGAUCCCUUGCUUUCGUCAAGAGGAUGUUGGCUGUUGCUGUGUCCACCAUCACUUAUCUCAGAGGCAUUUUUCCCGAAAAUGCCUACCGUUCCAAAUAUUUGGAAGAUCUGUGCAUCAAAAUAUUGCGGGAAGACGACAGCGCAACUGGAGCCAGCAAAGUUGUAAAAUGGCUGUUUGGCUGUUUUGAUGCACUGGAUAAACAAUAUCUUCAAAUUAUUUUCAUCGGGGUAUUCACCAGUGAGAAUGCACCUAAUUGCAUUACUGAGUCCUACAGUUUCAAAUUCAAGUAUACCACCCAAGGUCCAGAGAUGGAUAUACUGAAGAACAAUGAUGUUGCGUGGAAGGUCACGUUGGAAGACACCAAGAAAGCGACUGUAGUGUUGAUCAGGAAGCUCUUCCUUCUUACGCAGAACCUCAGCGUUCUUCCCGACAAUGUCCACCUCACCAUGAAACUCUACUACUACGAUGACAUUACUCCAGCAGACUACGAACCACCAGGCUUUAAGAAGGGCACUUGCGACAGUCUAUUGUUCGAAGGCACGGCUGUGGACUUCACACUGGGUGACAUACAGACGACCUUCCACACUUUCCAAGUGAGAGUGUCUGCUGAGAGUGGUCGCCUGGGGAAGCUUAAAGGCGGGAACCAAGUGAAGGAGACUCAGCAGACAAGUACUUCAGGGAAAGAAAUUGACAAGAGCCCUUGCAAGAUAGUGUCUGCAGCUGCUGAUGAUAAUGAGACUCUGCCCUCUGAAAGUGAGUCGGCACAGUUCAAAGCACCCAAAAAGCCCAUGGUAAAAAGAAAGGCAGCAAUAAAAAGGCACAGAAGACACUAAAUGGAACAUUUCCCCUGGGAUAAAUAGCACAGUAAACACCGAUGUACUGUUUUCCAUGUUAUACACUGAACACAGUUGAUUGUUAUCUUACCUUUAUUUUCAAGAUGUUGUUUCAAUUACUUUUCACAAGGCAGAAAGUCAUUGUUCUGUAAUCAAUUUGCACAUUGUGACCAGUGCGUUUAAUAAAUAAUUUCAGAAUUAAAAAACAUUACAUUUUUUAUGCAUAAUAAUAAA